UUGAGGAACUAUUUGUAUAUUUGAGUGAAAUUUGGUGGUUUAUUUGAGUAUAUGAUGUGACUAUAGAACGGUACGCUACGUGUUACCGUCACCGUUGCUAAUCCUACAACACUUUAUUAAAUGCAAAAGAAGAUCGGUCUAAUUGCAAAAGACUGGCAACUCCAGCUCAUUGCAGAUCGUGUGCAAAAAUUUUCAAACCCCAUGGCAGAUUGGUCUGGACUCCAACCGGAGCUUCUGGCUUUAAUAGCCAAACGCCUUGAAACCCGGUUUGAUGUUCUCCGCUUCCGAUCUGUCUGCUCUUCAUGGCGUUCCUCUUUCCCACCAAAACUUUACCCUUUGCCCAAAUGUCUCCCAUCAAAAACCAGAGGUGGAUGUGAAAUCUCAAUCUGUGAUAUUACCAGGAACACUUUUUUCCUUGUUAGAUUGUCUGGGUCUGGGACUCACAACAAUCAAGCAGCCCCUGGUUGCUGGUUGGUCAAAAUCAAAGAUGGUGCGCACUUUGUGAACAUGCGACUGCUAAAUCCACUUACAGACUCUGAAUUGAGGCCUCUUCCAUUAAAAUUUCCCAAGGUAUUGGAUUUAGCGAACUUUCAGGUCAUUGAAUUGGGUCAUGAAUAUAUUGGUCGAUAUGGUGUAGUUAUUUAUCGUCCUUUCGAGGAACUAUCUCGUCACUACAGAGAGAAAGUAGCAUUCAUUCGGUCUGGUAUCAAUAGUGAUUAUGUUGUUAUGCUUGCCUUAUUUCGUUACUCUGUCCAGUGCUUGGGUUUUCUGAGAUCGGAAGAAAAGGAAUGUAAUCAAUGGACUUUACUUGAAAACGUGGAUGGUGUUCAGGAUAUUGUUUCCUUCAAUGGCAAGUUCUAUGCCAUAGAGCAAAAAGGAAGAACUAUAAUCGUUGACAUAUCUUUAAAUGUUAGUUCCCUAGAACCUGUUGGUUCUCCCACUAGCAGAAAGUUCUUGGUCCAGUCUGGUGAUAAUUUGCUGGCUGUUGAAAUGCUUUUUCUUACAAGUUCAUAUUCUGAUGCUGAAAGCCUUCCGAAUUUCGGUAUCUCUGUAGGUCAUAAGGUGGUUGGUUUUAGAAUUUUCAGGAUGAAUGAAGAAGAGCAGAAGUGGGAUGAGAUGGAAAGUUUGGGGGAUCAAAUCUUGUUUCUAGGUUUGCGUCAAGCAACUUCUGCAUCAGCUUCUGAAUUUUGUUGGGGUAGAGGAAACCUCAUUUUCUAUUCGGCUGAUCUCUCCUACCAUCCACUGUAUUGUCAUCCUGAAGAUCGACAUAUAUUUGUGUUUGAUUUAGAAACUGCCACUGCUAGUCCUUUAAAGAAUUGCCCUGCCUACCGUAACUUGUUCUGGCCACCUCCUGAGUGGGUAACUUCAGCUACUACAAGAGAAUUUGGAGGCAAAUCUCCUUAAAGAGUGACUGUCACACGACAAUAAGUCGGCAGCAAGCGUCCCUCUCCAAGUUCAAAGUGCAGCUUCAAAUUGUGUUGUUUCUAUCUUGAGCAUUUUCAGAAACUCUUCUUGCGCUGAGGCUCCCUGUAUAUGACCACACCCUCUCAAACUCAGCC